AUGGCAGAAUCCCAAAAUCCGGCUCCUGGCCUGAUUGGAUCGACCGCUUUCGCGAUUUACUGGAGUGCUUCCCUCUUCAAGAUGAUACAGAAUGUAAAGUCCCGCCGGAAGCAAGCUCGUGACUUGGCAAAGGAGCUCGAGUCCUUGCAGGAAAUUCUACAGAGGUUCAGGAACAGCAUCGAUGCCACCCCUGAGAAUAGCCUCGUUGAUCUUGGAUUUCCACUGUUGCAAUGCGGCAAUGCCUGCAAGGUCUUUGAAGAGAAAAUUGACAGAAGCUCAAAACUGUCGGGAGUCACCAUAAUAGAUUUUCGAGAUUGGGCCCACCUAAAAUACAUGGACGAAGACAUUGAUGCUUUUAGACGACUGUUAGCCAGCUAUAAAACAGCAUUUAUUGUCGCUCUGGCUAAUGCGGAUGGCAGCAAAACCAACAUCCCUGCCGAUGGCCGUGAACACUACAAAGACCUCGCCGAGAACGCGGUCGUUGAUCUUGAAGCUCAUUUGGAGAGCAUUGAUCGAAGGCUGAAUGACCUGCGUACCGAAAGUUCAACAAAGUCAGAAAUAAAUACCGAAGAAAUUCGUUUGACAACGGCGGAGCGAAAGAGCUUACAGAAAUGCCUCCAAGUGUGCAUACAUUUCUCCAGUCGUAUCGAUGAUAUUCCGCACAAUGUAAAGAAUAAAAAAAUUAGCUCUCAUUGCUUACCAGAGCGAGCUGAUGUGGGGUUGAGGGAAGACAUGAAGAGCCUUCUAAAUAUGGAAACCAAGCUUGAGAGCCAUAUGAAAGCGUUGAUGGACAGAAUAUUGAGCAAGUUCAUGGCGGCUGCCAAUUCCCCACAAAAUAUUGAAGAUAUGAUCAGGUUGCAAGAGGAAUGGGAGACAAUUCGCCAAUGCAUGCGUAUCUGCAUCAGAGCAGAGAAUGAUCUUAACGGCAAUGUCAGCACGAUCCACAAUUACGCAGCGGGUGAUGCCAUUCAAUUCAUAGUUUCAACAAACGGAAAUGCUAUCAAAGGUGAAAACAGAGCGUCGGGAUGGAGAACGAGGCAGGUCGGUGGCCAUAUAAGUGAUGCUUCUCUUCAACCGUUAGCAAAGGAUAUGGCCAGUGUCAAUUUCUCGGACGUCGACGACGAGACUUUGUCCCAUGCAGUCGAAGAGAACCAACGCAACUCAGGACUUGAAGAACGUUAUGGGCGAGGCUUCACGCUGAGGACUAAAGAAUCUGUGUCAGAUGGUGGUUUUUGGACUUCAUCGGCCAGAAGCGGACCUCGGCACACUCCAGAGGCACACUCCAGAGCCUUAACUGGAAGUUUUAUUCUUGGCAGCGAUCGACACGAAUCAGAAGAAUAA